UCGCAAAACGGUCGCCAAUCGGGAAUUACGGGUAGAAUUAUUCCGUUGCAACGAGGAACUGACGAGUGUUGCUGCUGCAUACAAAAGUUUUUCCACCUCUAUUUUGUGGAUAGACAUAUACACGAAAAUGUAUGAAGACGAAGGCUCGGACGAAGAUCCUAAAUAUACGAUUUAUUUUCGUAUUAACGAACAGCCUUCCUUCGCUGAAAGAGGAUUGACCAGAAAUAAAUAUCUUAAUUUGAAAUAUAAUGACAAAGAGACUUGGGAGUUUAUCCAAGAAAUGUACUAUCUAAAAGUUAAAGAGUGGAACCCUGCUGUCGAUGUUUUGUACCGAUCGAUUGACGAUAUUGAUUACACACCAUUGCCAACGCAACCACAUGCUGGGAACAAGAGUCCCCUGGUUUCUCAUGCAUGUGACACAGAAUCAGUGACGUCAUGCAAUGCAGUAAACUCUCAUCACGAAGUACAUCAAGUACAUGAUAUAUCAGCAGCAGGUCCAUCUUCCAAGUCCAACAACGAAUGUUCUAAUGCCAAUGUCGUGAAUUCUAAAAGUCUUGAGAAUGAAACGGAAUUAGUUGUGGAGAGGAAUAAUUCAAGUAUCAGGAAAAAAAGUUCUGUAUGGGCCUAUUUUAAAGACAAGGAUGAUAAAGGUGCUGUAUGCAUCAUUUGCAAUGUUAAAGUUAAGCAUUGUGGUGGGACAACGAAUUUAAAAUCACAUUUGUCCAGAAAUCAUCGAUUAUUGUGCUCUGAUAUAUUAAAGCAAAACAGAGAUACUACAUCUGAAUCUAGUAGUGAAUCGACAGCUAGAGAUGAAGAUGAUCCGCCGCUUAGACGAAUAAAAUUGGCAUCAAAGAAGAGCAAGUUACCCCGAAUCGACGAAGCCUUUGAGAGGGCAAAUUCUUUCGCAGAAGGAGGAGCACGGUCUGACAAAAUUACUGCAGCACUAAUGUUUAUGAUCGCCAAAGACAAAGAACCACUAUCCAUAGUUAAUAAAGAAGGUUUCAAGGUUUUGAUGAAAACAGUAGCUCCACUUUAUCGUAUACCUGAUCAAAAGACUCUAACUAAAUUAAUGGAUAAUCGCUAUGUUGAAGCAAAAGAAUGUUAAUCCACUCUUGAAAAAGCUUUGUCCUAUACUUUAACAUGUGAUAAUUGGACAGACUGUACUUUCCAAAGCUAUCUGGGUGUCACCAUUUAUUACCUGUCUGAAGAUCUUGUAAUGAAAAAUGGAUGUUUGGGAGUCUUUCCGCUGCAUACAAAUCAUACAGCAGAGUACCUCACGGAGUGUCUCAAUUCUGUCAUUGAUGAUUUUAAAUUAGAUCGAAAAAAAAUUAUGGCAAUCACCAGUGAUGGAGCAGCAAAUAUUAAAGCUGCUGUACAUAAUGUUGUAGGCUCUGAAAGACAUAUCUGGUGUUUUGCUCAUUUUUUGUCUCAUCUUGUACCUAAAAUAUUAAAGGAUAUGCCAGAGAUCAACAAUAUUAUUGCUACAGUAAAGAAAAUUGUCGUGCUUAUCAGAAGAAGUGUUGUGGCUACAGAUGAGUUAAAACGGUUACAAAUACUUGAUGGAAAGACAGAGGGAACCGUCUUGAAAUUUAUUCUUGAUGUUCCGACUCGCUGGAAUUCCACUCUUUACAUGUUAGAGAGAUUUCUCGCUCUGGAGCAGUACGUUUAUGCAGUUACUUUGAGAUGCAAAAGAUCAGACAUUCCAGAUAUGUUAACUCAUAGCCAAAUUGAAGUCCUACAGGAAGUUGUGUCUCUCAUGAAACCAAUUGAAUAUGUCAUUAAGGAAAUCAGUGGCAGCAAAUAUCCUACUUGCAGUACUAUUAUACCAAUCAUUCACUGUAUGACACUAUCAAUUGAACAAGUUAAACCUUCAACAAACAACGGAAGUUUUUUUCAGAAAAAGCUCCUUGAAUCGAUUCAAGAUAAAUUUAAAAAUGUUGAAAAUAAUAUGAUUCUCGCGGUCCCUACAAUACUUGAUCCACGAUUCAAACGAAUCGAUUUUCAAAAUGCCCGUGCAGCAGCUGCUGCUGUGGAACGAAUCAAUAAAGAAAUGAAAUUGAUUGGUGGGAAAAAAAUUCAAGAAAAAAGAUCUGCAGUUCAACAAGACUCUAAUGAAACUAUUUGGAAGGCUCAUGACGAUAUGGUGGCAAAGAGUACUGAUGAGAGUACGGAAGAUGAACAUCUUGCCCAUGAAUUAAGACAAUAUUUAAAGCAAUCGGUAAUUGCUCGACAUUACGAUCCAUUUCAACAUUGGAAAUCCUUACAGAAUUCGUUUCCAACGCUGUACGAACUGGCAAUUCGAUACAUCAGUAUUAUUAGUACCUCUGUACCAUCAGAAAGGAAAUUUUCCGAGGCUGGUGACAUCAAGAGCAAUGAGAGAAAUCGAUUAACGGGACCACUUUCAUUUACAAACGGCAGUCUCAAAUCUACUACUACAAAUUCAAAUUAUCUGAAGAAAUAUAUGGUAAGAUUGGUAAGAAAAUGAUAGAACAAUAGACAAAUAACAAAAAAAAUUUCUAAAAUAUUUAAAAUUGUUUAGCGAUAAAAAUAAA